AUGUCAUCAUCUGUCAACGACUUUGAAAAAGUUCUUCGUGCUUUUAUUCCGAAAGAGUUAAUUCCGGCGAUGUGGGAGUUCAAUACAUAUAAAACCCACAAAGAGAAUAUCCAAUCCCUUAUGAAAGGAGGUCAACUCGACAUUUUCGAGAACGCUAAGCAACUAGAAGUACAAAUCGGCGAUUACAUGUGUUUCCCGAGAAAUGUAGAGUAUUUCAAGAUGGACCCACUUGAACAAAUUGCUCCACAUCCGAUGGAAUACCUGAGUUUGAAAAACAAGGAAUAUAUUUACAAAAGCGAUUGGUGGUUAAUGUUUGAUUACGAUGGUAUUUUCCCGGAGGGGGGAUGGCAAAGAAGUGAGGGUGAUUGGAUUCUGAUCGAGUGUUGGAUGGAGAUGGAGUAUGGAGACAACAACGAGAUGAUAGUGAAACCGGAUAUGGAGAAAGCAGUUGAGGAAAUUAUCAAGGCUUUGGAUCAACAGGACUCUGUUAUCGAAACAUUCAAUACUUCGCAAAAGGGAGCAUUCUAUAAGACAUUCGCGGAGAGAAUGAAAUCUAAAACUGUCAUGAGUAAUCUUAUUUUGAACUGUAUGGAGGAUAUCAUUGAGAAGUAUCCAGUGAAGAAAUAUUCUGCGGGACUCUCUAGAAUCCUUGCUGGAGUUGCAUUGGUUAUGGAAGCAGUCGAGGAUUUUGUUAGAAAAGAAUCCAUUCACUUGCCACCACUCAAUUCAGUAUCCUUGACGAAACCAGUCAUCCGACUCUUCUCGAUUGACAAAAAUCACUUUGUGAUGGCUCACGAGUUGCUUAAAACACUAAAGAAUUGUAAAAUAGAUGUAUCUGGAUUUGAGAAGGAAGAAAAUGGAAUGCCGAAACUGUCAACAUUCACUUUUAGAGAAGUUGUACAGAAAGUUGAUAAAGAAGUUAUGAAGAAUUUGGUAUUUGUGAAAAUGGAAACAGAUUCUCUCUUGAUGUUCAAACAGACACCAAUACCGACGACUUGCGAUGGAGGGUACUGUACCCUUGCAGUAGAUGCACUCCGUGAUAUUCUAAUGGACAUGAUCGUUACAAAAAAGGUGUUCCAGACAAUUGAAGAUAAGGAGUGGAUUCAUAUCAAACAGUUUUUCAAGUCAAUUGAAUCCCAUUUCGAUCAGACCAGAGGAGUAUACUUUAUCGAUUUGAAAGAUGUCAAGACAAUCAAGGAGUCAUGGGAGAACAUCUACAGCACUCAUUUGAAGCAAUUCUCAUCGAGCCCAAAACUGAAGAAGACUUCAAAAACGACUGGAUCAACAUCUAGUCAUUUGCAUCAAGCGGUGAUGCAGUGCCAAUUCAACAGUCUCGUCAGAGUAAUUCCGAUGCUACUGAAAUUCAUUCAUAAGCAAGGAGCAUGUAACAGAUUGAGUAUUGUGAGAUGUGAGUUGUGUGAUGGGAAAACACUGGUGGACGAAUCGGCUCCGAUCACAGAAGAAGGGUUGCUACAGAAAAAAACGAACCCUCUGUCAUCAGAAGACACCAAGCCAGAACCAGAAGAAUUGAAAGCUGAAACAGCUGAGCGCUGA